GCCACACCUAUUUCAAGAUGGCGGCAGAUAGUUCUUCGGACCCUGCACAGAUAUCAAUAGAUCAGGAGGAAUUCACUCGACUGCAGACACAACUGAUAGAGCUGAGGACCAAGAACUAUGAGCUGAAGGAGGAGCAGUCAAAGAAGGACGCUGAAUACAAGCAAUUGCUUAGCAGCAAUCAGCAACUAAACAAAGAACUAGAGAAAGCAAACAAGUCGAUACAAAGGAGCAAGAAAGCUAAAGAGUAUCAGUUACUCUCCGAAGAGAAUGAGGUCCUUCAGAAGAGACUCCACACUCAAGAAGAAGACUUCAAGCUACAGAACACAACACUAAUGAACGAACUGGCUAAGGUUUGUGAAGAGAAGGAAGUAUUGAAGAAAGGGGGUGGGGCAGGAGGUGUGGCUAGUGGAGAUAGAGGGAGUUCACAAGAACUGACUCACUUGCAAGCUGAGAACAAAGCAUUGCAAAAAUCACUGCAAACGUUACAAGAACAGCUUCAAUCAGCAGGGAGAGAAGGAGAGCAGACAGAGGGAGAAGAACCGUCCACCAUUAAAGGAGAAGAAGAUGACAGAGUACAACCAGCACAGGCUCCUCCAGUGGCUAUUAAUCUAAAACUAGCAACUCUUGAAGAAGAGAAUAAGAUACUGCAAGAGCAGCUAUCGGCAAUGGAGGAGAAGGGAAGGAGAGAAAAGGAGGAGCUUAAGACCCAGAUAGAUAGACUGGAGGAGAAAACUAGAAAGAAACAAGAAAUCUUAGUUCAAGUGCAGAAUGAAAAGGAGAAAAUAUUAAGUGAAAACAAAUUAAGUUAUGACAACAUGUGUCAAGAGAAGGAGAGAGAGAUGGAGUCUUUGCAUCAGGAAAUAAAACAACUACAAGAAGAAGAUGAGAAUAGACGACAAGAGAGUGAAUCCAGUGCUGAUUUAGCUCAACAGAUUUCAUCUCUUAAAAAUGAGAAGGAGGAAUUAUUAAAGAAAUAUAGACAUUUACAAGAGCAUCAAGAAGCACUUACUAAUGAACGGGACAGUAACAAAGUUAUUCUGGAAGAGCUGAGUACAGAGUUACAGCAAUCAAAGAAAGAGUUGGGAGAGAUGAAGAGAAAGUAUUCAGAUAUGGAGUUGGAACUGAAGUCAUCUCAAGAAGCUAAUGACAGUCUUGCCGAUCAGCUAUUGACCGCUAGGGAAGACAGAAUAAAAUUGGGAGAAACUAUAUCUACCAUUGAAAAGUUGGCUGACAAACGGAAGAGCCUGUUGGAUGAGAUGGCCAUCAAAGAACAUGAAACUGCUACUGAAAAUAAAAAGAAAGAAAAUGAUCUAAUAGACAAAUAUAAGGGUGAGAUUGAGUCUCUCCAGUCACAAUUGGAUGAAGAAAGAGAUAAAGUUAAACAUUUGAAUUCAUCAGUUGAUGAAUUAGCUGAUCUUAAGAGAAGAAUAAAAUCAAUGGAGAAUAUGAAGGAAACUUAUGAACAACAACUGAAGGAAGCACAAGAGUCCUUCAGUAAAGAGAAAGGUGAACUAGAACUUAAACUGAGUGAGUUAGAUGGAGAGUAUAAAGAAAGAUUGACUGGACUAGAGACUGAGGCAGAGGAAGAGAGAAAGAAAGCAACUGAACUGAAGGAAAAGAUAACUGAACUGGAGUUAGAACUAGAUGAGAAGACACAGGAAAUUAACAUAACUGGAAAGAAAUCAUCUAAUCUUAUUAAAGAUCUAAAGCGUCAGCUUCAGGCAGCACAGAAGAGAGAGGAGAGACUCCAAGACUCAUUAUCAUCAUCAUCACCUCAUAUUGAAGUAUCAACUCCUAUCAGGCAAGACUCAAGACAUAGCAGGGAGAGUAGUUUAUCAUCUGUAAGAGGAAUAGGAGCAACUGGAGGAGCUGAACAAACUCAACAAUUCAAUGAGGUUGAUAGCUCUAAUAAAGAUGAUGUACAGACGCUGCUUGAUAAGAUUGCUAGUCUCCAGCAGGAGAAUUGGCAGCUGGAAGAAAAACUCAAUCACCUUGAGUCAACUAGUUCUUCACUAGCUGAAGAUGUCAUUCAGAAAUCAACCAUUAUUCAGAAUUAUUUCAUGGAAAACAAAGCAGAUCACAGUGCCACUACUUCAUCAUCCCAGUCAACUUCUCAUGCUAAAAUGUCUCCAUUGCGAUUGAUGCAGUGGGCAAAGACACCAGCAAAAGAGGACACCAUGGCUGAAGUUAAUCGCAAGAUGCAGCGUGCACUGGAGGAGGCACUAAUGAAGAACAUACACUUGCAACAAAAUGUUGAUAUGUUGUCUACACAAUUACAAAAAGAAGAAAAAGAUGAAAACACUUAACACUUCAGCUAGUAUUAUUAUUAUACUAUAAAUAAUUUUUUUUUUUAAUAUUAUUUUUGUCUUUUUUUCUCCUGCCGACAUAAAUGUUCUCAAUAUUAAGUAUAAUUUUAUUAUUAUUAUUAUUAAAGUUAUUCUGAUAUCAUAAAUGUAAUCUGAAAGCAA